GUGUGUGUGUGUGUGUGUGUGUGUGUGAGUGUGUGUGUGUUGGAAGGUCGACUUACAUGAUGUAAACAAACAAGAGAGAAAGAGAUAGGUCACCUGCUGUUACUGUCAUCAUCAUCAUCAUCAUUAUCAUCAUCACCUGCAGAGAUGCGUAUCUCAGUCAACACUGAGAAUGAUAUUAUACCCCUGGAGGUGGCUGAGGACCUGGAGCUGGAGAACUUUAAGGCUCUCUGUGAGAUGGAGGUCGGAAUCCCUGUUGGAGAAAUGGUGGUAGUGUUUAAUGCACAACCUCUCACAGACAAUAAAAAGAGUCUAAAAGAUUAUGGCGUGAAAGACGGAGAACUCAUCAUGAUCAUUCGAAGCAGUACCUUGUUCAGAAGGGCAGCAGAGCAUAUGCAGCAAAGGCGACAAGAGCGAUCAGUUCCUUCAGCUCAAGAUACGGAGAGGAGAGGUGAUGAAGAAAUUGGCCAGAUUGACUUCAGUGGGAUUCAACUGCCAGGCACCCGUCGAAGCAGCUCAUCCUCGGCAUCUGUAGGUCAGACCCCAUCAAAUAAUAGUCAUGGCCAGGUGGCAGGUCAGGAGGGUGAGGAAGAAGAGCUGGGUGAUGAUGGGGACUUGGGCCUGGGUAGCACAGCAGGUCAAGAUGACCCGGCAGUGAUAAGAGACAUGCUGUUGGCCAACCCAGAGCAACUGGCACUUCUGCGCCACAACAAUCCAAAAUUAGCUGAGGCCCUCACCAGUGGUGACUUAGAAAAAUUUGCAUCUGUGCUCCGGGAGCAACAAGAAAUCCGACGAGAUCGAGAACAGCAAAGAAUCAGGCUGUUGACUGCAGAUCCUUUUGACAUGGAAGCUCAGCGUCUCAUUGCUAAUGAGAUUCAGCAGGAGAAUAUCAAUGCCAAUAUGGAAGCAGCCAUGGAAUACAACCCUGAAAGUUUUGGCACUGUGCACAUGCUUUAUAUAAACUGUAAAGUCAAUGGUCAUGAUGUGAAGGCUUUUAUUGACUCAGGCGCACAGACAACCAUCAUGUCACAGGCAUGUGCCGAGAGAUGCAACAUAAUGCGUCUGGUGGACACUCGGUGGGCAGGCAUUGCCAAGGGUGUUGGCACACAGAAAAUUAUAGGACGUGUUCAUAUGGGCCAAAUACAGAUCGAAAGAGAUUUUCUGGCAUCGUCCUUCAGUAUACUUGAAGAACAGCCAAUGGAUAUGCUUCUGGGACUUGAUAUGCUAAAGAGGCACCAAAUGUGCAUUGACCUAAAGAACAAUAAACUUCACAUUGGUACUACUGGAACAGCAACAACUUUCUUGAGUGAAAGUGAACUACCUGACUGUGCUCGCCUCACACCACUCAGUGAAGAGGAAGCCCGGCGGCAGUCUGAGAGAGCAGCCAAGGAAUCGGAAGACCGUGCUUUGGCUGAAGCAUUAGCAGCAAGUGCAAGAGAAGGUGCUGUUGCUGGUCCUUCAACUUCAGGGACAUCACAUCAGCUUACGUCUUCCAAUUCAUCUGCAGCAUCGGCUCCGUCCAAGGCUGUGGCUGCAUCUGCUUCCUCACCAGUAGAUGGCACAUCAGAGCAAGAUCAUUUUUCAGAAUCUGAUGUACAGGAAAUUAUACAAAUAGGAUUUACUAGAUCACAAGCUAUUGAAGAAUUGAGACGGCAAAAUGGCAAUAAGACCCAAGCAAUUGCUGCUCUUUUUGCUAAGUCAUUUAAAAUGUAGUCUUACAUUAUCCUAGGACCCUCUUGCAUAAUUAGUAAUAUUAAAUAAUUUAAAAGUUACGAAGAUAGCGUGAUUCAUUAUGCAUAUUUAUACAGUAUGUCUUUUUUUUCUUAUUUAUGCAGUUGCUAUUCUUAAAGUAUGCAGCACCUAGUCCAUGAUGCAGACUUCCUCAAGCAUCUUUUUUAUUACUUAUUACAGUUUAUGAGUACUGUAAUGCUAUAAUGGUUGCUACUGAUCCUUUCUUGUUGGUCAUGAGAUUAUGUGAAGCAGGUAUAUUGCUCUCACUUCAUUAUAUGUUAAGGAGAGUGAGUUUUUUCUUUGUACAUUUAUACUGUUUGCUUGUCUCCAUGCUCAAGAUGAAUAUUCAUAAAUUUAGUUAGCUUUUAUACACUGCUUUUCUUUAUACCUUAGAUAAUUUCAGCAUUUUUAAUGUCACCUAUUAAUAAGAAGUUUGCAUUUUUACAUACAUUUUAUUGUUAAUUUAAUAUAAUGUAUUUUACUUUAUAAUUUAAAUCACAUCACAAAAUCAUUAGUCUCAUUAUUCCUCACUGGAGGUAUCUAGAUACCAAUGAAGGGCUCUUGAUCCUAGGAGGUGAAACUAUUCUCACCUUGGAUUGAUUGUGAUUGCCUUUCAUUCACCAUGCACUGUAUGACCCCUACAGGUUUAGCACUUCCUCCCCUGAUUAAAAUAAUAAUUAGUCUCAAUAAAUAUGCAAGUAGACUUACUAAAUUUUCACGACUAUAUUUUUGCAAGUUAAUAUUAAGAGGUUUAAUUUAGUUAUAAAUUUUUUAUGACUGAUGGGUAAAACAAGUUAUAGAUAUUUGUAUUAUGUUUUGAUGACAUAUGUAUGUGAGGCUGAUGAAUGAUAUUUGCUGUAGUGAUAUAAAAUCACAGACACACUACAAGUAUUGUAAAUAUGAGUUUUGUUAAUAUAAGUCAGAUAUUCUGA